AUGGCGUCAACUGACCCACUCCUCGCCAUUCGAAACCAAGGUCCGAUAGAGUGCGGCGAGGACGCUGCCCAACAUUUCGGCUUCGACAAAGGAUACCGGAACUUGAACCAUGGCUCUUUCGGCACAUAUCCCCAAACUCUGCGGCCCAUCGUCUCGCACUUCCAGAUCCGCGCAGAAGCUCGCCCCGACGCCUUCAUUCGGUACGAAGAGCCAACCUUACUCGACGAAGCGCGAGAAGCAAUCGCAAGUUAUGUCCACGCACCAGUUGAAACGUGCGUCUUCGUGCCGAACGCCACGACAGGCAUCAACACCAUUCUCCGGAACCUGGUCUAUCAACCAGGCGACAUUAUAAUCUACUUCGACACGGUUUACGGCUCGUGCGAAAAGACGAUUCGCUACAUCACCGAGACGACGCCAGCGGAGGCAGCGAAGAUCAAGUACAAGUACCCCGUGUCGGACGACUUUCUCUGCAACGCAUUAGAAAGCACCAUCGCUUCUCUCCGCAGAGAAGGCAAGAACCCCCGCCUCGCUCUCUUCGACACCAUCGUCUCCCUCCCGGGCGUCCGCAUGCCCUUCGAACGCCUGACAUCCAUCUGCAAAGCCGGGAAGGUCCUCUCACUCAUCGACGGCGCGCACGGAGUAGGCCACAUCCCUCUUGACCUGACGGCACUGGAUCCAGACUUCUUCGUCUCUAAUUGCCAUAAGUGGCUCUACGUCCCGCGGGGAUGCGCGGUGUUGUACGUCCCCCUGCGGAAUCAGGACGUCAUGCGCUCCACGCUUCCGACGUCGCAUGGUUUCGUGCCAAAACUCAGAGAAGGCGAGGAGCCGAUCACGAACCCGCUGCCGCCUGCAAAGGGGAAAAGCGACUUCGUAGUCGGGUUCGAAUUUGUAGGAACGACGGACAACUCGGCUUAUUUCUGCGUACCAGCUGCGCUGGAGUGGAGGCAACAUCUCACGUGGGGAGGCACGAAGGGCGAGGAAGCAGUGAUGGGGUACAUGCACCACCUCGCGAAGCGAGCGGGCGAAAUUGUGGCCACGGCGUUGGGGACGGAAGUUCUGGAGAACGAAGCCGGGACGUUGGGACAGUGUGCGUUUGCGAAUGUGCGGUUGCCUUUGGUUGGGGCGGAGGUGUUGACGAGCGGAGAGACGGGCGAGUGGGUGUUGGUUGCGCAGUGGAUUGCGAGGACGCUGGCGGAGAAGUAUGAUACUUUCAUUGCCAUUAUCUUCUUUGGGGGCGCGUGGUGGAUGCGGUUGAGUGCACAGGUUUACUUGACUGAGAGGGAUUUUGAGUGGGCGGGAGAGAUGCUGAAGGAGGUGUGUGAGAGGGUGAGAAGAGGGGAAUGGAAGGCAGGCAAGGCUGUGAAUGGUUCGUCGUGA